AUGCUAGGUAUGGUCAAUAGUGUCUCCAGCGCCACGGCGCCUGUCGGCGGCACAGCCACAGAUCUACCUGCGCGGUACCUAAAGGGGGGAAAAUUUGUAAAGAUUACCUUCCCCAAUGGUACCCAGAAAACCGUCCCGACCAUCGAAAAACCGCAGAACAUCAAGAAGUGCAAGGGGUUAGAAGGGUACAUGGAUUUUGGCGUUGGAAAGACAUUCCCCCAUGGGAUGUGGUUAGAUAUCAAGGCCAAAUUUCGAAACGACUUGGCAAGUAUGCUCGGGAAUGUUGGAGUUACCUGGGAGCUAGUCCCUUACAACGUUCGGGCUGCCGUCCUUGUCUCUACUAAGGCCGCAUACCCGGUCCUCUACCGCUUCCCAGAGGACUGGGCUGGGAAAGCCUUGAUGAAGACCAUAUGCAAAAACAAGCGUGACACCAAGGCGAAUAAGCAAGGGCGGCUACGCGGAGGGAAGAAUGCCAAUACAAACGCCCCUCUCCAAAGCGCCGAGGAAGAUCCCGCCGAAGAAGAGCCCGCCGAAGAAGAGCCCGUCGAGGAAGAGCCCGUCGAAGAAGAGCCCGUCGAGGAAGAGCCCGUCGAAGAAGAGCCCGUCGAGGAAGAGCCCGCCGAAGAAGAGCCCGCCGAAGAAGAGCCCGUCGAGGAGGACCCCGUGGCCGAAGAACUUGUGGAUGAAGAACCUGCCGGUACCAUUGGACCCGACAUAGACGAGGAUGAUGUCGGAGUGCGGGUGAGCUCAACGAGGACCGCAGAUCUAGGAAAGAAGCGCUGCCGUAUUGAGGAUUCCGAUAGCGAGGAUGAACCAGAGGUCAAGCGAUCUGUAUCCAAGACUCGCACCUUGACUCCGGCCCCGACUCCCACGUCCGACGCUCCAGUGCUCAAGCCCUCUGCUCGCGCAUCCAAAUCUUCCUCUUGCACGCAUAAGCCUGCUGCGUCCAAUACUCCCGCGACCAAGGCCAAGACCCCCACUGCUGCCGCCAUUGCCAAGUCCGCCAAAUCCUUGCCCAUAUCGAAGCCAUCCCCGCCUCCAAAGGUGCCUCCGGCUACUGUGAAAAAGGCAGGCAUCGGUAAGACUACCAAUCGAACGGCACCGAUCACCAAGUCCACCAAUACAGGUGCAUCGCCAAGUCUCAAGAGGAAGGCUCAACCUGAACCUGGCCCCGGUGUGGAAUCCAACCUUGAAACCGCAACCAAACCAGCAAAACCCCCGCCGACCAAGCGCCAAAAGGGCAGCGUACAUACCAAAGGGAAAGUGUCCGGGCGCUCAAACUCUUGGGCGCAGAACUGCCAAGACGAAGUCUCGCAGCUGGAGAGUGCGAGUGCGAAGACAAAGAAGAAAUCCACUGCUGUAGCCUCCACCUCUGCCUCGAUUUCAACUAAAGUCACGGCGGCUUUGAAUACUGCCGUUGCUCCUGUCUCCGAGCCAUCUGACUCAGUGCCGAAGCCCCGCAUUCGUCCGAAGCCCCGCCCACCACCACAAGAUUUGUCGGCUACGACUUCACACGCAGCCAAGUCGGAAAUGGUUAACGAAUUCGAUUUGAGCAAGACCGUUCCGAUGAAAACGCGAGCCGCGGCCAAAAAGAAAUAA